UCCAAUUUCCAAAACAUACACAUACCAUUGAAUCCAUAAAUAAAGAUGUUGAAUCAUUCUUGGGGAAAGAAGUUAGAUUAUCUGGAUGGAUUGAUAAAAAACCGAAAAAGAUAAGUAAAAAUAUAGCAUUUGCAACAUUGAGAGAUUAUGAAGGAAAUUUCACACAACUUGUCACUACAGAACCUGAAUUUGCUAAACCAUUGAAAUCAUCACAAGUGGAAGACUGUGUUUCCAUAAAAGGUGUCAUUGAGAUAAGACCAAAUAAUGACACUAAUUCAAAUAAAGUUAGAUGGGAUCUCAAAAUCUUGGAAUAUAAUACAUUAAAUUCAAGUCAUAUCUUGGGCUCACAAUUAGAAUCUUUGAAAACAACACCUAAUGAAUUCCCAGCUCAGUAUAGAUAUCUACAACUAAGAUUACCAUUUUUCCAACAAGCUUUGAAAAAAAGAGCACAAGCUGCAAGUAUCAUUAGAGCAGAAUUGAAUAAAUUAUCAUUCACAGAAAUUGAAACCCCAUUAUUAUUUAAAUCAACACCUGAGGGAGCUAGAGAAUUUUUGGUUCCAACAAGGAAACCAUCAUUGUUUUAUGCAUUGCCUCAAUCUCCUCAACAAUAUAAACAAUUACUCAUGGCUAGUGGUGUUAAAAAUUAUUUCCAAAUUGCUAAAUGUUUUAGAGAUGAAGAUUUGAGAGCUGAUAGACAACCAGAAUUCACUCAAGUUGAUUUAGAAAUGUCAUUUGCUGAUGCUAAAGAUGUUCAAAAUGUUAUAGAGAGUACUGUAAAGAAAGUUUGGACUCAAGUGGCCAAUGAGGAGAUUGUCACUAUCGAUGGUACUGAGGGUGUUAAGACUGGUGAUUUAGUUCAUCUAAGUUAUAAUGAAGUUUUAUCUAAAUAUGGUAUUGAUAAACCGGAUCUUAGAUCAACAAUAGAAAUCCAAGAUUUAAGUGAAUUUGCUAAAGCUAUUGAAGAUGAUCAAUUCCCAAUUUCUGAAGUUUGUGUUUUGAAAAAAGCAUUUGAAGGUAAACCAAAAUUACCAAAAGUGUUAUUUGAUGAAUCCGAAUAUAAAACAAGAAAGCCUAUAAUUUUCCCAAUAAAGACUCAGGACGAUAUAGAUAAUUGGACAUCACGCUUUACAGAAAUUGCCCAAUUUCAUGAUAUUGAAGGUUUGAACUCCAAACUAAACCUUGAAAUUGGUGAUAUAAUAGCUGGUAGCACACGUUCAAAAUUACCAUAUGAAAAUCCAACACCAUUAGGUAGACUUAGACAAUUAGCUAUUCAAGAAUUCCCUGAAAAUUGGAAAAGAGACGCAAAGUUCGUUGGUGCUUGGAUUGAAGAUUUCCCCUUAUUCACACCAUCAGAAACUCAAACCACCUCUUCUUCUAAAUAUCCAAUAUAUAAUUAUGAUAAAUUAGAAUCAACACAUCAUCCAUUCACAAUGGCAAAACCGUCAGAUUAUGAAUUAUUAUCGAAAGAUCCAUUAAAAGUUAAAGGUGAACAUUAUGAUUUAGUCAUAAAUGGGGUUGAAUUAGGUGGUGGAUCAAGAAGAGUUCAUGAUUCUGAAUUACAAAGAUUUAUAUUUACAGAGAUUUUAAAAAUUGAAAAUCCUGAUCAUUUAUUUGGACAUUUAUUAAAAGCACUAAGUCUUGGAUGUCCACCUCAUGCUGGAUUUGCAAUUGGUUUUGAUAGAAUGUGUGCAAUGUUGAUUGGUAGUAAUAGUAUUAGAGAUGUUGUUGCAUUCCCAAAGACUCAAAAUGGUGCUGACUUAGUUGUGGAAAGUCCAAGUGAUGUGAAUGAUGAGACUUUGAAAGAGUACUAUGUCAAAAAGUUAUGAUUGUAAAUAGAUUUCAGCAUGUAUAUAGACUACAAUUUGAUGACUCUUUAAAAAAGGACGUAACACCAUGUAUUUUUCUAAAAUUCAUUUCAUAAAUUGAGAUCAACUCAAUAUACUAUUAUAUUUAAACCAGAACUGAAUAAAAACAAAACGAAACUAAAAAGCAAGUGGAAAACUGUGUAAAUUUUGAAAUUUUUCUUCUUGUAUCAUGUGUAUAU